GUGGGCGUGAGUGUGUGAGUUAGGGCGUGUGCUGAUUUUUCAGAGUUACACUGGCUUAACACAGAACUGCCAUGAAGCCUUCUACACUGGUUUACUCCACACUACUGACAGUUAACUGCUGUCAUAGUCUUUGGCUUUGAAUGUCCUCUGCUAUGGCAAAGCGUGAGGCUGGGGGCACCAGCCCUGUGGUGCGUCAGAUAGACAAGCAGUUUCUGGUCUGCAGCAUCUGUCUGGAUCACUACCGCAAUCCCAAGGUCCUGCCCUGUCUUCACACCUUCUGUGAAAGUUGUCUCCAGAACUACAUUCCCCCAGAGUCUCUGACGCUCUCGUGUCCAGUGUGUCGACAGACGUCCAUCCUGCCAGAGAAAGGAGUUUCUGCUUUACAGAACAACUUCUUCAUCACUAAUCUCAUGGAGGUCCUUCAGCGUGACCCAGAGUGCUCUCGACCGGAAGCCUGCAGUGUGCUGGAGUCCGUCAGCGCUGCAGCUGCAGGGAAACCCCUCUGCUGUCCAAACCAUGAGGGAAAGGUGAUGGAGUUCUAUUGCGAGUCGUGUGAGACAGCCAUGUGUCUGGACUGUACAGAGGGCGAGCAUCGGGACCAUGUGACCGUUCCUCUGCGGGAUGUUGUGGAACAGCAUAAGGCUGCGCUGAAGACACAGCUGGAUGCCAUACACAGCAGGCUCCCUCAGCUAACAGCAGCCAUUGAAAUGGUGAGUGAGAUCUCUCGCCAGCUAAAUGAAAGAAAGAAUGAAGCAAUAGCAGAGAUUACCAGUACGUUUGAAGAACUGGAACGGGCACUGCAUCAACGGAAGUCAGCCCUUAUCGCAGACCUGGAGAACAUCUGCAGUGCCAAGCAGAAGGUGCUACAGGCCCAGCUUUCAUCCCUCCUGCAGGGGAAGGAUCACAUCCAGAGCAGUUGCAGCUUUACGGAGCAGGCUCUCAACCACGGGAGUGCUACUGAGGUACUGCUAGUUCAGAAGCAGAUGAGUGAGCGGGUAACAGCACUGGCGAGACAUGACUUCCCAGAAAGACCACAUCAGAAUGCACACCUGGACUGUCAGGUGGAGACUGAAGGCCUGCGGCGCUCCAUCCAGAACCUAGGUGUUCUCCUCACCACAGCAGCUGUGGCACACACCUCCGUUGCAACGGGCGAGGGCCUCCGCCAUGCAGCAACCGGGCAGCACCACACCAUUACUGUGACAACAAAAGACAAAGAUGGGGAGUUGGUGCGGACGGGAAAUGCUGUUUUAAAAGCAGAGAUAACAUCUGCUGACGGGAGCCGGGCUGCAGAGACAGAGAUAACGGACAAUAAGAACGGGACAUAUGAGGUGGGGUACACGGUACGCUCUGAGGGAGAGCACUCUUUUGCUCUGUUGCUAUAUGGCCAGCCGAUACGUGGCAGUCCGUUCCGCUUGCGGGCGGUCAAACCGUCAGAUGUGCCACAAUCUCCGGAUGAUGUCAAGAGGAGGGUGAAGUCUCCCAGUGGGACAGGGGGCCACAUACGGCAGAAAGCAGUCCGACGGCCCUCCAGCAUGUACAGCACCACCAAGAAAAAGGAGAAUCCCAUUGAGGAUGAGCUCAUCUAUAGAGUGGGUACUCGGGGCAGAGAGAAAGGGGAGUUCACCAAUCUGCAGGGAAUCUCAGCCUCUAAUAAUGGCAGAGUGGUGGUGGCAGACAGCAACAACCAGUGCAUACAGAUAUUCUCCAAUGAUGGCCAGUUCAAGAUGCGCUUUGGGGUCAGAGGUCGGUCUCCGGGACAGCUGCAGAGACCAACAGGCGUCACUGUGGACAUGAAUGGUGACAUUGUGGUGGCCGACUAUGACAAUCGAUGGGUCAGCAUCUUCUCCUCUGAUGGAAAGUUUAAGAAUAAAAUUGGUGCAGGCCGACUCAUGGGUCCUAAGGGUGUGGCUGUGGAUAAGAAUGGACACAUCAUCACUGUGGACAACAAGGCCUGCUGUGUCUUCAUCUUUCAAUCCAAUGGGAAGCUUGUGACUAAGUUUGGAGGCAGGGGGACGUCUGACAGACAGUUUGCAGAAAAACUUGGCCCAAACUUAAAUAAAUCUGGCUCAGUUUUCAGUCCACACUUUGUUGCAGUUAACAACAAGAAUGAAAUUAUUGUGACCGAUUUCCACAAUCACUCUGUGAAGGUGUACAGUGCAGAUGGAGAGUUCUUGUUCAAAUUUGGCUCCCAUGGUGAAGGCAAUGGUCAGUUCAAUGCUCCCACCGGUGUGGCUGUGGACGCCAACGGAAAUAUCAUCGUGGCUGACUGGGGUAACAGCAGAAUACAGGUGUUUGACAGCACAGGUUCCUUCUUAUCUUACAUUAACACAUCAGCAGACCCACUGUACGGCCCUCAGGGCCUCGCCCUCACCUCAGAUGGACAUGUGGCUGUGGCUGACUCUGGCAACCACUGCUUCAAGGUUUACAGAUAUCUGCAGUAGGCUGUUUCUGUUUAGAUAGGUUAACAUCAUAUAUUACUUGAGGACAUAGAGCUGCAAUGUGCCUGCACACUUUACUGUGUCCCUGAGUUCCACAAAUUAAUUUUCUGAAGAAAUUAAAAGAAACUAAAAUCCCCAAAAAGUGUAAUUAUUUAAAGGUGUAUUUUUUUGACAAAAUAAGCUAGUUACCCAAAACAUUAUUGCAUUAGGUGACAUUAAUUCUCCCACGCAGAGAGAAGAAGAAAGAAAAUUGGAGCGAUAUUGGUCCAAGUGGUAGUGUCACCUCAAUCUCAAAAGUCUACCCUGGCAAAAUAGAGGACGACAAAGUAAUACAAUGUCACAGGCAACUCAGGAAUAAAGUAUUUAGGAACACACUGUAAGUAGAUAAUACUAUCUGAUCUCUCAUGAUGUGUAUACCUUACACUAUCCAAAUUUUAGGGCUAUUAACAAAAUUCACUGAGAGAAUAAGGAAGUGGAAAUUAGCUUGUGGAACAAGGUGUUUUGGCUGUAUUUGUCCAGGUGUGGCCUCACCACUAGAUAGCCUACCAGUCUAAAGUUGGUGAUACACUGCAACACUCCCUGCAAUCAGAAAACAAGGCAAGGCACAGAAAUAGAAAUAUAUUAGCUGUGAGAAGACAAGGUUUUGUGAUUGACCUAACAAUGCUCAGGCUUUCUCCAAAAAAUGACCCUGUCAUCACUGUCUUAUGAUUUCUCAUAAAUAAUAGAGCACACGCAGACAGGGAUGUGCAGUUUCUUAUUCUGUUUUUUGGAGGUAAUAUGAGCUGACCCAAACUUUUAGUUUUGGUAUCCAAAGACGAGAAUCAAGAAGCACAAAUAGAAAAACACCUGAAAGGUUUUAAACUCUUUAGAACCAGCCCAACAUUAAGUUUGAACCCUUCUAGUUAGUCUUUCACUUCUAUUAAAUUAAAUCUUGUAUCUGACCCCACUAGUACUUUGCACUUUUGUGUAUUCAUAUCUACAACCUGAUGUAGUUGUAUAUAUGCAUAUUUAAGUGUAUAUAUGGAAUUGAUGUCCCAUUAUUUCACUAUAUAGCCUACUUAUUACAGCACUUCAACUGAAACUGAUUUCCACACUGGAGCAUAUACUAAUACAGUAGAAGGUUAUGCCAAGUAGUAGCCAGCUGAAUGACUUGCAAACAUCAAUGUAACAAAGUUGUAUACUCAUUAUUUGCUGUAUUUUUUAUUUUUUGGAAGAACAAAAUGUAUUUAUUUUCUUUUCUUUUCUACAUAAUUUGUUCUGCAAAUUAUUUUUCUAAUUCGUGCAUUUGAACUGUCUUCUCUUUGCCAAACGUCAUUGUACAUAGGCCUUGUAACUUGUAGCACUGAAAAAGGUUUUCUCUUUCGCCUCUUCCCAAUGAGCUCACAAUCCAGUUAAACGGUAACGUUCCCUUCUGCCAAAAUGUAUUGUUGUAAGUUGUUGUUGAACAUUGCACAAAAUACAAAUAUUAUAAGAGUUAUAUAGUUUGCAAGAGUAAUAUAUGCCUUUGUGUAUAGUUAUCAUUUUACAUAAUCAGAAGUGUUCUGUAUAUUACAAUCAUAUUCUUGUUAUAGCUGACAAGCACCUUUAUCAUGGAUUUUCCAGUAUUUGUAUUCAUUUGCUUGGUGGUUCAGGAACACAACACCAGCUAACAGCUAACAUGCAGUGACACAGAACGUUUUUCCACUUGUUUCAUGAAUAAACCGUUUGGCCUGAUAAUUCAUUCUUUCUCUCUCUGCUUUCCCUCCUCCGUUAAUUGAACUCCUGUGUUACUAUAGUUUGAUUUUUUCCAUCAGUCUGUCUCUUACCUGAAGCUUAUACUGACUCCUACUGAUUCCUACUCUUGUCUGUGUGAAAUAGAGCAAGUGCAUAUAAAUGAAACAGCACAUCAGCCAUCCUGUGUAAUCUACUGUAUGAUCCCAUGAGAGGCCAGUCUUACAACAAGUGUUCACUACAUUUAUGUAAUCAUGGCAAAGGUAUGAUUGUAAAUAUUAAAG